AGAAAACGGUACGUCAGCAUAACAGUUCCCUCUUCAUUUCCCAAACAUAAAGCAGUGUCAAACUUGGAGAAGAAUGGAUGCCCUCACACACAUGCUUACAGACCCUCUUGAUCCAAAAGAAGAAAACGAUGGACAGAUCACAGAGGAAUGCAUGCUGGGGAACUGCAGAGUUAACCUUCCAGAGGACCUACUUGAGGACCCUGAAAUUUUCUUCUCUGUGAUGAGUGAAAGCACCUGGAGUGAAGUACUGUCAGAUUCCCAGAGGCAGCACCUUCGUCAGUUUUUGCCACAGUUUCCUGACAACAAUGUUGCAGAGCAGGACAACACCAUCAGUGACCUAUUCAACAACAGAAAUUUUAACUUUGGAAAUCCCCUUCAUCUAGCGCAGAAACUGUUCAGAGAUGGUUACUUCAAUCCUGAGGUGGUCAAGUAUAGACAAUUGUGUGCCAAGUCCCAGAGAAAGCGACAGUUGUACUCCCUUCAGCAGUAUUACCACAGACUGUUGAAGCAGAUCCUUGUCUCCAGAAAGGAGCUGCUGGAGUUUGCUGUUCAUAACGGUCUGGACUUUCCACCAAAAAGAAAGUUACCGACCAAGACUCAUGCUGAAAUGCGGGAGCCAAGGGUGAGAAAAAGAUUGAGCCGCAUAUUAAAAGAGGUCAAAACUGAGUGCGGAGACAGCAAUGCUUCAUCUGAUGAUGACGACAUAUCAUUAUGGACUCCAGCACCACAGUCACCUUCCUCUCCGACACCCACUGUCUCGCUCAGGGUUCUUCCCAGCCUCUCCACCCAAGACAUGAAGACCACUGAAAAAAUAGAACUAGGUGAGCGGAACUUGAAAGCCAUGCUGCAAAAUCAUCGGGAGAAGAGGAAGCGUCAGCCAGACCAUCCAGACCUGAUGACCUCUGACAUCCACCUUGGAGACAUACUUUCAAGAGCAAAUAUUGGUCGUAAGGGGACUAUGUCACUCUUUGAUCUGUCUCUGCCUAAGAAGAAGAUGAGAGAUGACAGAAGGAAGAAGAAAAUGAGGACAAUAAAAGUGGAAUCUGAGGAUCCCUUUGAAACUCUUGCACCUGCAGACACCCCUUCAGCUCCACCAGCAAACAUCAUCAACUCCCUGCCGGACACACCGUCUACUCCACUGCCCAAUAUCAAGGAAGAAAUUGUGGAGGAGUGUCAGAGCAGUCCGGUUACAGUUGAGGAAAUAGCUGUCAGUUUCUUCAGCUUGUUGGAGAACAUCUUAAGGGCAGAGAACCUUGCCAGUACUUCAAUGCUGGAGGAGAAAGUUCAAAUGUGGCAGUCCUCUCCAGCAAGUUCCCUCAACGUGUGGUUUUCAUCUGCCUCCUGUUGGUCUGAAUUGGUUCUUCAAGCCCUGCAGUUUCUUGCAGGAGAGACUAAAGAUGGCAUGAUGGCACUCCCCAGUGGCUUUUCUCCGUUUGUGGAAUUUGCUGAUGAAUCUCAGCAGUGGCGGUGGAUUGGUCCCACCCAGGAUACAGAGAAGGAUCUCAGUGCGCUUUGUCAGUUGUGGCUGGACUCCAAAGAUUUAAUUGUCAAGACAGAAAAUGAAGACAUGUUAGAGAUGACUUCUCCCACACCAAGAGUUUCGACUGAUUAUGUGGUGCGGCCCAGCACUGGAGAUGAAAGACAGGUGUUUCAAGUCCAGGAGCAGCAGCGAUACAACCAGCCACAUAAAGCCUUCACCUUUAGGAUGCACGGCUUUGAAUCUGUGGUGGGACCCGUUAAAGGAGUGUUUGAUAAGGAGAUGUCUCUCAACAAAGCCAGGGAGCACACACUGCUCCGCUCAGACCGACCACCAUAUGUCACCAUUCUCUCCCUGGUGCGGGAUGCAGCAGCCAGGUUACCCAAUGGAGAGGGAACAAGGGCAGAGAUCUGUGAACUGUUGAAAGACUCACAGUUUCUUGCUCCAGAUGUCACUAGUGCUCAGGUGAACACAGUUGUCAGUGGGGCUCUGGAUAGACUCCACUAUGAGAAAGAUCCAUGUGUAAAGUAUGACAUUGGCCGCAAACUGUGGAUUUACCUGCACCGCCAUCGCAGUCAAGAAGAGUUUGAGAGGAUCCACCAGGCACAAGCUGCUGCUGCGAAAGCAAGAAAAGCUUUACAGCAGAAACCUAAACCGGCAUCUAAGCCUAAGUCUGGAAGUAAAGACGGAGGCAGUAAAACCCCUGGAUGUCUGGAAGCAGGACAGGAUAUAGGCUCCGGUCCCAUGUCGCCAACCCCUACAACACCCACCCCAAACACACCUGGAACCCCUAAGUCACCCUUACCCUGCACAGCGUCCACGCCAACAAAAACUGGAGUGCCGGAUACAAUGAAAACCGGCCCAGGUGUUCUUCUAGUGUCCCCUCCCGCGUUGCCCCAGCUGGGAACCAUCUUACCCACCAGUCAGGCUGGUCCACCAACUUCACAGCCAGUAACAUCCCAACACGCGGCUCGGAUAGUGAGUCACCUGGCGGCAGGCUCCCUCCCUCAGGUGCGGGUUGUUUCUGCUCAGUCGGGUCUGGGCUCUUCAGCAGGAAAUCAGCAGGCUACACUGGUACAUCAGACCCCUCACCAGAUCAGGAUGCCGGUGUCAGUGGCAGCCAAGGGCAUUUCACAGGCAGUGGUUUCUGUGCCUCUGAGGAGUCAGUCUGCUAGUAGUCCAGUCCAAGUGCCGACCACCCUGUCUGUGUCUGCUGUAACUGUGGCCAAACCUCAAACUGCAUCACCUGGUAGCCCGGCUAACAACCCUGCUUCCCCUGCUAUGCUGCAAGGAGUUGCCAGCCCGAACAUCAAGCAGGUGUCCAUCACAGGACAACUGGGAAUGAAGACUCCAGGAGGAGCAGGAAUUCCAAUAACAGCUACAAACCUGCGCAUUCAGGGUAAAGAUGUCCUACGUCUUCCACCAUCCUCCAUCACCACAGAUGCUAAAGGCCAGACAGUGCUGCGGAUAACCCCAGACAUGAUGGCAACUCUUGCCAAAUCUCCAGUCGCAACUGUCAAACUCACCCCUGACUUUCUGGGCACUGCCACCUCAGGCAGCAAAAGCAUAUCAGCCACUCUCCAUGUGACGUCGCCCCACCCUGCACCUUCCUCUGCCUCCAGUGCUACAUCCUGCACAGGAGAAGUACAGACCACUAAAGCAGGCCCCGUCGCCUCCACCUUGUUGAAGGCUGCUGGAGACACAGCCAUACGUCUGAUGCCCACAUUGGCUGUCACGGCUGACCAAAAAUCUAGGACCUUCUCCACUGUGACCUCCCCUGACAAGAGUGGCGCCACCAUUCGGAUAAUGCCAGGCCUUGGUGUUAUUCCACAGAAACAGGGUCAGACCAUCACAAUGACAACGACCACUGGCAGUAAACCACUCACAGCGUCUACAUGUGCUAAUGUAGUGACCAUGGCUGCCGGUGUCGUAGCUGGUGCUAAGGGGAUCACAGUUGCUCCCGGAGCCUCGGGCUCACCUCUGACACUAGGAACAGCUACAGCCACUGUAAGGCAGGUCCCUGCUACAGUGGUUACUACACAAACAGGGAAGUUACCUGCACGGAUCACUGUGCCCCUCUCUGUACUCAACCAACCACUGAAGAGCAAGAGUGUAGUGACCACACCAAUUGUGAAAGGAAGUCUUAACGCAAAUAUCAGCAGCCUGGGCAGGAACAUCAUCCUGACCACAAUGCCUGCUGGCACAAAGCUGAUCGCAGGGAACAAACCAGUCAGCUUUGUCACAGCGCAACAGUUCCAGCAGCUUCAGCAGCAAGGACAGGCCACACAGGUUCGCAUCCAGACAGUUCAGGCACAGCAGCUCCAGCAGCACAUGGCAACAGGCUCUCCGAAAUCUGUUUCCACAGUUGUAGUCACAACAGCACCUUCACCCAAAUGUGCACCCGAUCCCCCACCUGCACCUCAACAGUGAUCCUGUCUCACCAGCCAGCAAUGAAUCGUAGGUCCAGUGCACAAUACACAUGCCUGUAUUUGGUUAUUGAGUGCUUUGAUUGUCAAGCUUUUUCAGGACCAUUUGACUGGUUUCAACUCUUGCAAGUGAAGUUUUAUAUUUUAUAACAUUGUUGAAAGUUGUCAUGAUUGCUGAACUAAAUUUCAUCUAAUGAAUUUUACUCUCCACCUUAUUACAGCCAAAAUAUAAUAUAAUAGAGCUCACUAGGCUGUUGACAACUGCAAACAUAUUCAUGCAGGUUGCAGUCUUUCCAUAGAAAUUACUUAUGUUUUCUUUCAGUGGUUGACAAACUUUGAAAAGAUCAGUUGCGCUGUUGAUAUUCCGCCUAAAUAUAACCUCAAAAGUCACAACUUGUCAACUAAUAUCAAACUACUCCUUCAAAUUUCUGUAUGAAUGUCAGUAAGAUGUUGUGUUUUUCAUUUUGUUAAAUUUAUGAUUAUACAAUGUUAGCAAAUGUGAAGUGAGUUGGACUUGUGUCUGAUUUAUUUGGAUGUUAUGACUUGUUUUUUGUGUUAAUACAUUAUUUGUUCUCUAA